GGGGUGCGGGGCUGGGCCGGGGGCGCGGGGAGCAGCAGGGCACCCGACAGACAGCUUCUGGGUCAGAGGCAGAGGGCACCGGAGAGCAUCGCCCAGGUUGUCCCCGUGCGGCCAUAUGAGGACUGGUGGGCCUACAAGGAAUCUUUGCAUGGCAGCUUUGUCCCCGGGCCGCCCUUCUGGGGCCUAGUAAACUCAGCAUGGAGCCUAUGUGCUGUUGGCAAGCGCCAGUCACCUGUGGAUGUGGACAGCAGCCAGGUGGUGUAUGACCCCUUCCUGCCUCCACUGUGCCUCAGCACCGGGGGCCAGACGGUGAGUGGCACCAUGUACAACACAGGGCGCCAUGUGUCCUUCCGCCCUGAGCAGCUGCAGCUGGUAAACAUCUCGGGGGGGCCCCUGCUCUACAGCCACCGCCUAGAGGAGUUGCGUCUUCACUUUGGGGGCCAUGAUACCACCGGCUCCGAGCACCGCCUCAACCAGCAGCCCUUCCCUGCUGAGGUGCAGCUGAUCCACUACAACCAGGAGCUGUACUCCAAUGCCUCGGAGGCUGCCCGCAGUCCCAAUGGGCUUGCCAUAAUCUCACUGCUGGUCAAUAUUGGGCCAAAUUCCAACCCUUUCCUCAACAGACUCCUCAAUCGGGAAACCAUCACCCGGAUCUCUUAUAAAAAUGAUGCAUACCUGCUGCAGGACCUGCACAUGGAGCAGCUGUACCCUGAGACAUUUGGGUUCAUCACGUACCAGGGCUCCAUGACAGCGCCCCCCUGCUAUGAGACUGUCACUUGGGUCCUCAUCGAUCAGCCCCUCAACAUCACCUCUGUGCAGUGGAUGGUGCCAGACCUGCCCAAACUGUCAGCUAGCAGGCAGUUCCUGCACCUUCUGACCAGACAACAGGCCCCUUUCCACAGGGGCAACCGGGGAGUCCCCAACAAUAUGAGGGUCCCAGCCCCUUCCCCCUAACCAUGAUGCCAUCCCCUAUCCCCUGAAGUGACAGGUGCUACGCUGGGUCACUGUUCGGAGGUAGAUUUUGGGGUGGAAUGAGGGUGUGGGUGUCUGUCUCAGUACUGCCUUCUCUUCCAAGGCUUCCCCAGUUUAGCUGUGGAGGGACCAUACCCCACAGUUCAGAGAUCAGAAUGCCCCUAGAGUUGUCCCCGGGGCUGAUGGUGGCUAUCAGCCCUGCAUCCCAACACUAGGGAGAGGGUCCUUGUCUUAAAGUUUGCCUCCAGGGGCUGGAUUAACCCCCUUAACUCAGUGCAUCUCAAGUCUGAGAGGGGAUAAAAAGGGUCAUUCAGGCCUUGACAGCUGGUGGCAUCCCAGAUGCUGCUUGGGGUCAGACUCAGAACAUGGGGUCUGCACCCCAUUAAGCAAGCCCUCCCAAAUCCUGAACGAGAAGGCUGAGCCCAGGCCUCCAAGGUACAGUGUGUGGCUUGGGAUGAGGGAUGACUGCUCCCCACCACCACCCCCAGGCAGAAGAGGAUGGGGUAACCUGCCUUCUGGCAGUCAAGUUAGUCAGAAGAGAGGGGGCCCUAGGGGUAGAGGAUGAUUUUUCAGGGGGUCUUGCUGCAGGGGUGGGGGGAGGGGGAAGAACUUUGUCUGAAAUUUAAAUAAAAUUGUAUGAAGAUUAUUUUAAAAAAAAAAAAAAAAAAAAGAAGAAGAAGAAAAGAAACCCAAAGCAGUGUCCUCACCUUGAAAUAAGGGUGGGGGGGAAACAGGCCCUCUGGGCUCAACCACUGGCUCCCCCCAACCCUGGCCAGCACUGCGGCUAGCUCUAAUGACAUCCAGACUUGUGUCCGGCCCAGCUCGGGGCAGCCGGGAGAAGACAGACGGACCAGGACAGGCCGUUUCUGUUUCCUUUUGGGUGCUGCGCCAGGCGCCCAGCCCCAGACCCUCUAAGUCUCAGCAGAAGGGCAGCGCCCGGCACCACCCCCUCCCCAGGGGUAGCGGCAUCUCCGCGGCGGCCAGCAAACCUAGAGGGAGCAAGGCCGCAGCUGCCCGAGGAGCACAAGCCCGGACGCCUGGGCAAUCCCGACUGGGGGGUGGGUGCACCGAUCUGUCUCCUCCCCCUUGGACUCCCACACUCAUCCCCCCGUGCGGCCCCUUUAAGACCUGGCCUCCCCGCCGCCUGGGUCCGGCCACACGUGCUGCCCCACGUGCUCCCAGCCCCUGAGGCCUCCCUUCCUUGCCGCCGCCUCCCAUUGGCUAAAACUGGGUCAGGCCCCGCCUUCCCGCCGCCGUGCCAUUGGUCAAAUCUAGGUCAGGGAGCCCCGCCUUUCCCACCUGCCCAUCACCCACCCCCAUGGCUGGGACACGUGACGGGCGUGCCCCCCUCCCCCUCGCGGCGGCCGGCGCUGGGGCCCUCA